AUGAAACUCCCAUCUCUGGCCCAUCGAAUCCAUCCCGGCACGCUGGGAUCAGCGCCAUGCCCGGCAGCUCUGCAGGCCCCCAAUUUGCGUUACAGGCCAGAGCCCCCUGCGCGUCUCCCACGCAUCCGUGGGGAAGCCCCGUCCGCGGAAAUUUACCCCUCCAUCGUCGGAUUGUGCGAAAGAACCGACAACUCUGUGGUCUCGUCAAUUGAAUUUCAACCAGGAGGUUUGUUGCGCUGCUUGGUAGAGGAUCAGGUGCUCGUAGGAGAAUCCAAUCUAUCUAUUCGAGACCACACCAAGCCAACCUUUGGGUAG